CGUCUCGGCCACUCGGCAAUGCUCGAGGUCUCAACAACGCUGUUGAGCGAUUUGAGUUGACACUUGAUAGUAAUCGUAUAGAGUUUUAGAAUAACGAAAAUAAGUGAAAAAGUGAGGGAUGCGGUGGUAGGUGAAACGUGACGAGUGUAACUGGAGUUUUGUUCUGUUGAAAAAUGCCCGUAUAUCCUGGCUUGUGAGGAUAUAGUUAAAUGGUGACAGAACGAGAGAGGAGCCCGGCCGCAUAGACGGACGCCAUGUUACGAAGCCAAGCCCCGACAAUGAAGAUAUCCUUCCUCUUCGUUUGUUUCCUAUUAGCUUACACCAGCUCCGAAAAUCCUGUCAACAAUUCGAACUCGUCAGACUUAAAAAAUGAAUCUCAGGAAACGGCAUCACCGAUUAAUAUAACGGUCUCUCAACCAGAGGAAUACAUAGAAGCAGGAACAACGCCCUCCUUGACUUGCAAAUCAAAGGUGCAGGGAUACGUUUGGUGGACGAAGGAUGGAGGAAACUUGACAUUGCCGAUAAAUUCAUCGGACGGAAGCUUGUGGCAAAUCAAAAAGGCCAGCGGAAACGAUACUGGAAAUUACACAUGUGUCGCUCAAACUCUGGCAGGGAAUCUUCACAAUGAGACGAGAUACAUAAGAGUAGUAGAGCGUGCCAAGAUAAUGGGAGGGCAUCCGGUACGUGUUAAAACAGGCGAACCGGCAGUACUUUCGUGUUACAUCGAAGGAUAUCCACUGUCAAAUUUUACUUGGAUGAAGAUCAGCGGCGAUGAGAUAAGCAAGAACAUGCCCACCCAGGAUUUCGAGUGGAAUGGAAUAUACCGUGAAAUGAUCGUUAACUUCACCAAAGUUAGCUCGAAACAUAACGGUACUUACGAGUGCAGUGCAAAAGGCGCUGAACCGGAUAAUUAUGUUAAGAAUCAGACAUCGCUGACGGUGACCGAUGUUCCCCAAGUCUAUAUCAACACUGUAAAAGCAGUUGGGGCACACAGAGUGUUUUUGAAUUGGACCAUAAACGACCGUAACGAUCCUGUGAAAGAAUAUACAAUUCAAUACAAAAAAAGUGACGCGAAAGAGUGGCAUUUUAACAGGGAGCCUAUCGACGGCAGUAAGACUAGCUAUGUUCUUACAAAUCUAGAUAACAACACUGACUAUGAGUUCAAGAUUGAAGCCACUAAUACGAUUGGCCGCUCACCUCCAAACUAUUAUGAAGACUCGGUUAGAACAUUGGAACAAGAUCCUGUAUUCGUUCCGAAUGUCGUGUACCAGGGGGUAACCUCUGAUUCUAUACAGAUUACGUGGGAUCAGCCCGGAAAAGAGUUGCAAGACCAUUUCCAUUACUACAAACUGAUUUCAAUUUGUCUAACUGAUAAUAGCACAAAAGAAGCAUGUUUAUGGAAUCAAACGAAUAAGUAUGUUUUUUCAGACCUUGUUCCUAGGACUAAUUACACAUUUUCGGUUGUCGCCUGCAACACGUACACAAAUGAAUGUGGGAACUGGAGUACCCCACUGCAAGUUGAGACGGAUGACGGAGUACCUAGUCCACCACAGAACGUCUCUGUGAUCUGCGAAUAUAGCAACACGAGUAAUUCAGGUAACGUUUACGUAACGUGGGCGUUUCCAGUCGAACCAAAUGGCGUGAUAACACAAUUCAGUGUACAACUUAACAGCUCAGCUUGCUAUAAAAACGAUUCAGGCAUUAUGGGUUGUGAAAAUGUGGAAGUAAAUACCGUGACCAUAGAUGUGACGAAGAAUAUGACAAAGAAAUUUGAACGCCUCUUACCAAAUACUAAUUACACGGUUUCUGUGAACGCUGAAACCAAACUUGGCAAAAUUCGGCCAGGCAAAUUCACCAUCGAUAAUUGUUCAAUGCCCAUAGCAGUUCCGAGCAAAGAUAACAUGAACAACGUGGCAAGUUGGAAGAAAAUUGAUAUCGGUGACCAACACUUGUUCCAGCUAAAAUUGCGAAGAAUAUCUGAGCGUAACGGGCCGAUAUGCUGCUACAGAAUAUUUGUUGUUAAGCUUGCUCCUAAUCAGAAAGUCAGAGAUUUGAUUGAACCGAGAAACCUCGAUGUCGAUACCUAUCAAAAAGUCUACACGUCUCGUUCGGGCGGCGUUUAUCUGGCCGACAUGUUCGAUUCGGACAGUAUAUCGACGACAAUUUUUAUCGGUGACGAUAAAAUUUCAGAUGAAAACAAGAAUUGCCAUUAUUGCGUUGGACUGAAGCCGAAAACCUUUCAGUCUGUAUUGAAUCUAGCCAAUCAGCCGCCGUCUACUGAUACUGAAAAUAUUACAAGCCAAACGGUGGAUCCUGCGGUAAGCGACGCGUCGACAGGUUUACGGAGAAGAAGAGAGAAUAAUCCGUAUACAAGCAUUAAUUACAACGGAGAAACGUAUCUACCCGAGGACGGUCCCUUGGACAAGGAAUCAAAUUAUACUGCGUUUAUCGAAAUUAUAGUUAAUGGUAGUGAACCUGGACAAUUUUUACCCGCCUACAGCAACUACCUGAAUCCACAUGUAGUUGGAUCGUAUUAUCCGGUACCGGACUCGCCGGAGGACCUUGGACUGAUGAUGCAAAUUUGCGUCGCUGUAUUGAUAAUUGUUAUCAUUAUUCUAAUGGGCAUGUGUGUACUUCACAAAUAUUUGAAACACGCGCGUCAAGGCGGAGAGGAAAUAAUCAGUCUGAGAAACAGUUUCAGGCAUCUUUGCAGAACCCUAAGAGGAAGGCACCAGCUCGUAGCGUCAAAUCCACCGGACAUGCCACCGAUAUCACGAGCCGAUCUUCUCCAGGCCUACAUAGACCGCCACCGUGAUUCGGACUAUGGUUUUCAGCACGAAUUUGAGCUGCUUCCAGACAGGUUCGCAGACCGUACAACGCGGGCUUCGGAGGCUCGUGAGAACCUGUACAAAAACCGCUAUCCGGACAUAAAGUGCUACGACCAAACGCGGGUGCGUUUGGUGCAGGUUGAUGGUAUCUGCGGGUCAGAUUACAUUAACGCGAACUUUGUUCUCGGCUACAAAGAGCGAAAGAAGUUCAUCUGUGCCCAGGGGCCGAUGGAAAACACCGUUUGCGACUACUGGAGAAUGAUAUGGGAGCAGCAUCUGGAGCUCGUGCUGAUGCUGACGAAUCUCGAGGAGUACUCGAAGACAAAGUGCGCUAAGUACUGGCCUGACAAAAGCGAGUCAAGAAGCUUCGGUGACAUCACCGUCGAACACGUCAGGGAGAGACCGUAUUCCGACUACGUCGUGAGAGAAUUGAAAAUGACGCGGACGGGGGAAAGAGAUUCGAGGAUAAUAAUUCAGUACCACUUUUUGGUGUGGAAAGAUUUCAUGGCACCUGAACACCCACAUGCCAUUCUCAGGUUCAUCAAGAGGGUCAACGAGGCUUAUUCUCUGGAAAAGGGUCCAAUCCUGGUACACUGCAGUGCUGGCGUUGGGAGGACCGGGACUCUCGUUGCAUUGGACUCGCUGCUGCAACAGCUCGCCGACGAGGGACAAGUGUCGAUAUUCAACACUGUCUGCGACCUUAGACAUCAAAGGAACUUCUUGGUGCAGUCCCUUAAACAGUACAUAUUCGUCUAUCGGGCGCUUAUGGAGAUGGCACAGUUCGGCGACACUGAAAUACCUGCUGCCCAGCUCAAAAAUCAUGUUGAAAAACUUCGACAGCGAGACAAUGGCAAGGAUAAAACAAAAAUGGAGGAGGAAUACGAUAAAAUAAGCUCCAUGCUGGAAGAUAGAAAAUCGUUUUCUGUUGGCGGCGGUGAUGAGAAUAGAAUAAAGAACAGAAACGACCUCGUCAUACCAUAUGACAGAAAUCGCGUUAUACUGACGCCGGUACCAGGACGCGAACAUAGCACGUAUAUAAACGCUUCGUUCAUUGAGGGAUACGACAAUUCUGAGUCAUUUAUUAUAACUCAGGAUCCGCUAGAAUCUACAAUACCAGAUUUCUGGCGAAUGAUUUCCGAACAAUGCGCAUCGACGAUAGUCAUGCUCUCCGAUCUCAGCGACGGACCCCGCAAAUGUCCACGAUACUGGUCCGACGAUGAGGUGGCGUACGAUCACAUAAAGGUGAGGUACAUACAGAGCGAGAGUUGUCCGUACUACACAAGACGAGAGCUUUGUAUAAUUAAUGAAAAAACGGACGAGAAUAUGAUCGUGACGCAGUACCAUUACCAUGGAUGGCCCACCGUCGAAGGGGAGGUACCCGAAGUCACGAGAGGCUUGAUCGAAUUGGUUGAUCAGACAAUAUCUAAUGAUGUAGAAUCCGGAGGUCCAUUGGUCGUUCAUUGCCACUGCGGAUCGGACAGAAGCUCGAUGUUUGUCGCCCUUAGCAUUUUAGUACAACAAUUACGAACGGAACGAAGGGUGGACAUUUUUACAACGACAAAAAAGCUCCGCUCUCAGAGACACGGAAUGAUCGGCUCAUUUGCUCAGUACGAGUUCCUGCAUCGAGCAAUCGUCAACUACUCGGACCUUCACAAUCUGGGGGAAGACGAGGCAGCAUCUUAAUGAAGAUAGAUCUGAGGCCUAGAAGAGAUAAGGUGUGUGUGUGUAACGGAUUGAGUGUGAAUCCGUUCAUAAAGUUUGUUGAAUUUUUUUUUUUUUUUUUCUUUAAUUUUCUACGACGAGUGACUUAACUAUUUUUCUUCCAAAGAAAAAUGAUAGUUGUAACUGAAAGAUUCUCAGUGAUUUGGUGAAAAAAAAAAAAAAACAAACAAACAUAAACAAAGGAUAAUGAUAAAUCAGAAUAUUUAAAACAUUUUGACCAAGUGUAAUCUAACAAUUAUAAACAAUAACGGCGCCAUCGCUCUGAGCGAUUUGCAAUUUUCGUCGCAUUGGUAUAACCAAAGAAAUCAAGAUACAAGACAAAACAAACAAUAUGAAUAAAAGAUUAUUAUUAUUAUUAUUGGAUCGUGCGAAGGUAUCAAUUUAAUAAUAAAAACCUACUCUAACCAAUCGCCAAUGUUACAUAUCGCAAUUUAGAUUCAUCUUCCUUCCUUUACCAUUAAAUAUCAAAAUAAUUUAAACAACCUAUAGAGCGUCUUGCAUAAAAAUGAGAUUUCAAUUCUCCACUUUUUUUCUUGUCAUUUCCCAAUCUCUGCUAUUUUAAUUUUUUAAUUUUCGUUUUGCUCUUUCCGACUUCUUUGAAAAGAAAUGUUUAAAAAACAGAUUCUGACGCGUGUGUAACUUGAAAUGAUGGUUAGGUAGAAAAAGACAAAUGUUGAUUGACAAAUCUAAAACCUGGCCCAGUAUUCUUCGUUACAUUUCCAUUAACGUGUAUUAACUAUCGUAAUGACUAGAAAAGAACAUACUCCUAUGAUUAACAGCGUAAUAUGAAUAACGACAAUUUUUUGUGUAUAGAUAUAAAAAAAUAUAUAUAUACGUAUAUUAUGUAUUAUUUCGUCUCUAUUUUUUUAUUAUCUAUUAUUUUUAUUUUUUUUUCCUUUCAUACUACGCAAAGACUGAUGACGAUAAUCGAAUACAUGCAGUUUAAUGUUUCACAAAAUUGCACACGCAAUUAAAACAAAAAAUAUAUAAAUAUAUUACUUUAAUUUGUUUAUAUUUCGAAUUUCAUGUCUCGAAAAAAUUCUUUACACAAAGAAACGUGAGAAGGAAAGAGCAGGAACAUGAAAAAAAAAAAAUCCAAUCUGAUUAAUUAUUAGUAGAUCAUUACUUUGUCACAGAAAAUUCUGUAAAACAGCGACUGAAAAUUUCUACCGAUGUUU